AUGACUCGGAGUUUGCCCGUGGCCUUGCUGAGUGCAUUACUCUUCCUACAAUGCGCAGUAGCCCAGCAAACCGUCCAAAGCACCACCAUAGUCCAGCUUUACAGCCCUGUUCUGCCCUCACUCGAGGCCUACAUCCUCAACGUCCAGAACGGUACCACGACAGCGAAGCUAUCAUGUCCCUCGAAUAGCACAGCAGCGGGAUGUGCUGAUUACCUGGGCAACACAUAUACCUUUGGUCCCAGCAUAUUUCGAGUCCAGGCCUCCUUUGACGGCCAAUACACCCUUACCAGCGACUGCUCGACGGCACCCAACACCGCAGUCUGCAAAUGCUUCGAAAGUGCCGACUCAUUGAAAGUCUCACAUUCUGAAACGGUGACCGACUAUACGACUUCUUACACGACAACCUACUGCGGGUCAGACGUGGUGCUCUCGACUGUGCCUAUCGUUUCUGGAGCAGACAAGCUGCAAGCCAUAUCGACGUCAGCAGUUUCGAUUACCACAUCAGUUGUUGCGAUCACCACUUCGUCCCUUUCCCCCGGGCAGACGGUGUCAACGAGCAGCACUUCACCAAGCCCCACACAGAGUGUCUCAGGUAGCUCGCCAACGAGUAUCGUCUCGUAUUUCGGCGAGCUCACCUUGCUCUGCGCAAUGAUCUUCACAUUGAUGGUCAUUCUAAGCUCGAUCUCGGACCGCAGCAUCGCCGGCACGGCUGAAAGUUCUUGUUCCGUCCCAUUCCGUCACCACCUCACUUCAUCAACAACCAUCGCCCGGAUCUCAACUCCCACCUUCGUAUUCCACUCCACCGGCAUGGAUGAUAACGCCAAUUCCGCAGACGAUCGGUCGAAGGUCCGCAGAUCCGCUCAGGCCUGCCAGCGCUGUCGGACAUUGAAGGCUCGAUGUUUGCCGAGUUCAGAAGAAGGGACUUGUCAGAGGUGUUUCCGAUCGGGAUAUGAAUGUGCUUGGGGCGAGCGCCGCUUGCGGCAAAGGAAGCAAGGUUCAUCUCGCAUUGUCCAAGUCGAAAAGAAGAUAGACCGUCUCUUCGCACGAAUAGCAGGUGAUGAUGAUGAUGAUUCCACUGCCCAAAAUCAGGCACCCUCAAACAGGAAGACCCUCUGGAAAGGUUCCGUUCUUUCACCGCCUGAUACUGUUGAUCAACAUGUCGAGACUUACGAGGAUGACAAUGAGUCGAACCACUCCUUGGAUGAGGUCUCCAAGCUGCACGAGUUUGAUCUGUCCGCUGAGGAUGGCAAAGUCUCCGCCCAGCUGAAGAAGCCAGCAAAGGACGAUCCACUCUCCAAGACGUUGGCUGCCUACCCAGAAGCGGAAGGACUACUCACGCAGUAUAGGUCUAUGUCGGUUUCAUUUCCCUUCGUCCCUAUUGAUGACGAAUCUACUUUCAACUCCGUGUGCACCGAGAAGCCAAUGCUACUACUCGCCAUCGUGGCGGUAUCAUCGUGGCGUAACAAAAAACUGCAGAUGCAUCUGGAAAAGCAAUUUCGUACAGAGCUUGCCAACCGUACUCUAAUACAACCACGCAAGGACCUGGCCCUGCUGCAAAGUAUCCUCGUUUACGUUGCAUGGUACACUCCUAGCUCGUCGUUUACUCUUGAAGCUCGACUGAUCAAUUUUUCAGGUCACACUGACGAGGGCGAGAUGCGUCGAGCUGUUCUUGGAUGCUACUAUCUCUGUGCCUCCGUCAGAGCAGAGUUCUCGGUCUCGACUCUCUUGGAAUGCCGGGAUUAUAUGCAUGAAUGGUCAAGACAUUUGUCUGAGAACGGCGAGUACGACACCGAUAGCGUUAUCGAGCUCCUGAUUGAGUCGAGACGAAUCUCAGACAUGGUACAUGCCCAGACAUACAGGAACCUCACUCUGCCAACGACAUCUGGAGAUCAACUGUUGGAAACGUUCCAUUUUUGGAUCAGUCAGUGCGAAGGUUGGAAGCACCAGCGUGGAAGACGUGAGCAAGCACGUCUUUUAGACUUGAUCCGAUAUUCAUUGGAGACAAAGCUGCACAAGACUUUGACCUCUAACUUGGCGAACGACGCUCGACAGAUCAAUAACGCAGAUCGCAUGUAUCGCCAGCUUUCUGGUCUUUCCUCUCAACUGGAAGCUGGCAAGAUGUUCUUCGACACCCUUGUCGCAGUAUCUACGGACACAACUCACCUCGUCUCAUUUGCAGAAUGGACAACAGUCCCCCGAAUGGUCAUGGACAUGGCUCGACUUUCCAUGUUCAGCCCUUCGCACCCACCAGAAUGGAACGUCAAGGAAGCCCAAGACCGCAUUCGACUGAACUUGUACCUUGAUUCGCUGUGCUUCAGAAUGCACAAUCUCACGACUUACAAUCCACCUGAACAGCCACACCCGGAUUACUGGACGGUGAUGAAAGAGAUAAUGCAAGCGGUGAACGCCUGGUACGUUAGAAAGAUGAAGUCUGGGACUGGAAAUCGUAUCACGCAUUCAUCUGCGCAAUUCCAGGCCGAGACAGAGGGCGGAAGUGGCACAGCUGGUUUGGAAACAGACAGCUCUCAUUCAGUGGGAUAUGAAGCUCCGACUCCGAACUUGUUCGACGAUAGCAGCUUCAAUUUCAUGGGAUACUCAAACGAACAUGAAAAUAGUCACUGCAUGUGGCUACCGAUGGACCUGCAGAUGAGCAUUGAUGCAAUGAAUGGAGACGAUCUGGAAUGGUAG